AGUAGUCAGUGAUUGGUGGAAAGGACCUGUCAAUCCUCUUACAUUGGAAUGUCAUCAUUGUACACAAAGCACUUUCUCUUUUGCUUCGUCGACCAUCUUUCAAAAUUUUUUGUCGAAGCUAUUAAAAAACCUUCUUUUCUUGACCAACCAAGUUAGCGGAGAAAUCUCUCCCGAUUUUCUCCCGGGUCAUGCAAAAGGAGGCAAGCUAUGUGUUUUGUUCCAAAACUGAACACUGAAAGGCUUGCAAAUGUUCUGGAAGAAAAUAUUCGAAAAGAAAAUGGCGAAUUUCAUAUUGCGACCAAGAUCUUCCAUGCACUCCAAAUCAAGGGAAGUGAAAUAACUCCAUCACUUCAUGAUAAGACUGUUCGUUGGAUAUGGCUUCUGAACCAAGACUUUGAAUACCUUCCUGAUACCUUCUCCCUCACUGUUAGCAUUUUAGGCAGAUUCCUUUCAUUGGUCAAGGUUAAACCAAAAUAUCUAAGAUGUAUUGCCAUAUCAGCAUACUUCUUAGCUAUCAAGACCAUGGAGGAAGAUGAGAAUAUACCAUCACUUGCAGAGCUUGUAAGAGUGAGUGAGUGUGGCUGUUCUGCUUCUGAUGUGCUUCGCAUGGAGCGUAUUAUUCUGUCCAAACUUCAGUGGAACCUCAACAUUAUCACUCCAUUGUCAUUUCUACAUCUUUAUAAUGCCUUAGUAUUUUCUGGCUGUGGCUUCACCAAAAGUAACAUGGCUCCUAAUCAGCUUCUGAGCUCACUUACUGGAAAACUGGAGGACUGUCUUUGUAACUUUCAAUUUACUCAGUUUAAGGGUUCUGUGCUGGCCUUGGCUUUACUGAGCCAAGAACUGGAGAGCUUGUCACCCAGGUGGUUUGGGACAAUCCUCAAACUUCAAAAACUGACUGACACUGACCUUGGAGACUUGAUUAGAUGCCGUGAGUUAAUACAUGAGGUAUUCAAAGAAGAUUGCCAUAUUGGACGUACUAUUCCCUGGAAUAAUAAAAAAUCCAGGUCACCAUACCAACAUUCCCUUGAAACUAUCUUUGAGUGUCCAGAAGAUUUGCCAACAUUUCCAGAACAUUUGCAGCCAUGCAUGCCAACUUCACUCAUGGCAGAUGCUGACAGCUACCCUGAUGAUCCACAACCACUGCGAGAUGAACUUAAGAGACUUCACAGUAUUGCUGUUGGGGUUCUGAGUGAUGAAGAUUCUACUCCACAGACCAAGCGUCGUAGAGCAGAGAUAGCAAUGGCUUGUGGUCGUCAAUCUCAAAAGGGCUGUGGUGUCUGUACCAAUGAGGUUCAUGCAUUACAAGCAAUUGCUUUGUAACAGUGUCAGUCUUGGAACAAACAACUGUGUUUCUGUUUCUGUGCCCCAAAAAUAAUUUAUGUAGUUGUCUCUCAUUUACUCUUUAGACACUAAAACUUUGCUGUGAAGGACUCAAAAAACUUUAAAAGAUUCAAAAAACUUCAAAAUAUUUUUAUGGUUAUGUUGAUAUUUGUAUAGGGUUAGCAUAUUGUUUAGUUAAAGUAGUUAUUGUUUAAUUACAAAUCUUGUGUACUUUGUGACACUUAGUGUUUUGAUGUUGGUUAAAAUUAUUACUCAGAAUUCAAAACGAUUAUUAUUGAUGCUGAUUUUAGCAGUCAUCAUCUUUAUAUUAUGAAGUUAAAUUUAUUUAUGACCAAAACAUUUCUCGUAAGGACAGUUGUGUGGUUUUUAAAAAGUCACUGAGGCUGGAUCUUACUAAAGAAGAAUUACAAAAACAUUCACAAUUAGAUGAAUAAGUUGGGAUGUUAUGAUUGCCUCUUUAUAUGAGGGAAAUGUAAAAGAUUCCAUAUUAAAAAACCAUCAUAGCAAGCUUAAAAUAAUGGCACAGGAACUGUAAUAACCACAGUUGUAAGGUUGGCAUUUAAUGUAGCUUAUUUUACACUUUGGACCGGACUUGGAUAUUUACGCAUGAUGGGUACUAUAUCUUACCCUUUAAUGUGAUAAAUUAAAGGAAAAA